AUGGCUGAAAGAGGUCAGAUGAAGCGGAACUCUGAGGGAAACGCCAAUUGGGAUGGAAAUAAUUCAGCUAAGGUAUGCAAAAUUGGUGGUGUGGAUAGAGAGCGGUGUGGAGAGGCGAGGUGGGAGGGAGGCAGUGUGACUGCGAUAACGACAGGGGCGGGGAGAGACGUCGCAAUAGUAGAACACAAGUGGGGUCACUUGAUGCAUUGUGGCUCGGCGUCGAAGAUGGCGCUGUCCACUUGCGAGACAACAACAAAGUCUGUAUGGCGAAAGCUAAAACAGGCUGUUGCCACACGCCAGUCACAUAAUCUGCCUUCUCAACAAGUCACCACAAGAAGU